AUGUGCAGGUUUGAGGGCCCCUACCCCAAGUGGGACCUCGUGUAUGCUCCCAUGCUGCUGGGCUUGCUGGUGUUGCUGGUGGCAGUGCUGCUGUCCACCGUGAUUGCAGUGUUGGUUCGGAAGAAGAGGAGUUUAGAAGCGGAUGUGAAGGAGAUUCAGCUGUGCACGGUCAUCUUGGAGAGAGCUGAGCGGUCCAAGAGUGAGGCGGUGGCCAGCACGUCGCAUGAGCUGCGCACCCCAAUCAUUGGCAUGAUGGGCAUGAUCGAGGAAUUAUUGGAUUCGCCAUUAGAGGAGUGGCAGCAGGAGGACCUGCGGGUGGCGAGGGCGUGUGCGGGCGAGACAGUGGAGCUAAUCAACCGAGUGUUGGACCUCGCCAAGCUGCAGGCCGGCAGGCUGCAGCUCGAGACUCUCCCCUGCUGCUUGCGCCGCAUCGUUCAGGAGGCGACUGCAACUGUUGAACCGGGGAAGAAUCUGCAAGUGACAGUCCACGUUGAUGAAAGUGUUCCAGAAACUUUGAUCGGUGAUCCAAGUCGCCUCUUGCAAGUCAUGGCUGAACUUGUCGCCAGUGCCAUGAACAACACGGCAGCCGGCCACAUAGCCAUCCGCCUCUGGUGCAUCCCUCCUCCACAUGCCGCCAGCUCGCCACCUGCUUCAGCCGCUGCUUCCACAGGCGCCACGCAAGCCUCCUCUGAGCCUCCCCCAGAGUCCUCAGGAUAUCCCCAGCUGGCUGGCUGUGUGCAGCGCUUCCCGCCGCCUACACGACUGCUCUGCCUUCCUCAGCGGCAACUAGCCAGCCAGGGGGGGCCUGUGGGCAAUGGGGGGGGCAGGUGUGCAGCAGAGACGACAUGGGCAGUGCUGAGGAAAGGCAGGGCGGGGAUGGGGCGGUUGGAGGAGGAGGUGAGGGAGUGGGUGGAAGGGGCGUGUGCAGUGAGGGCGGAUGGCGAGUGGAUGGUGGUGGUGGCCUGUGAAGACACGGGUGGUGGUAUACCACCCGAGCAGCUGUGGGGGUUGCUAGACCCACAUGGCCUUGCUUGCCACUCGCCGCAUGACAUGCACGGCAACGGGCAGCAUAAAGUCAUGCUUCCUGCUCUCCACCUCCCUUGUGAGCUUCCUGCUCUCCACCUCCCUUGUGAGCUUCCUGCUCUCCACCUCCCUUGUGAGCUUCCUGCUCUCCACCUCCCUUGUGAGCUUCCUGCUCUCCACCUCCCUUGUGAGCUUCCUGCUCUCCACCUCCCUUGUGAGCUUCCUGCUCUCCACCUCCCUUGUGAGCUUCCCUGCUCUCCACCUUCCCCUUGUGAGCGCCCCAGCCUGCCCUCGGUGGCGGAGAUGCGGGGGGGCAUGGCAGUGCUGUCAGACGCCUCCACAGGCACCACCAUUCUGCUGGCGCUACCCCUGGGGGGAGGGGAGGACGCCGGCAGCAGAGAAGGGAAGGAGGGGAAGGGGGAAGUUGGGAAGUCAGGGGGGGCUGUGGGAGCGCGUGUGGGGCGAGAGAGCGGACCGCGGGUAGGCACGGAGGGGCCAGCUAGUGCUGUCACGGCGCAGCCAGCAGCACCACAGAAGCUGCAGGCGCGAGCGCUGGCUCAUGCGCACACGUUUCCGCAAGCGGGGGUGGAGCGGGCCGGGCCGGGCGUGGAGGGCGUGGGAGGGGCAGAGGGGGUGGUGCGGGGGGUGGUGGCGGGGCGGCGGGUGGCGGUGGUGGAUGACAACGCGGUGAACCGCAUGGUGGCGCGCAGAACGCUGCAGGGCUACGGGGCGCACGUGCUGCUGCUGUGCUCCGGGGAGGAGGCGCUGCAAGCGCUCUCCUCUGCCACGCCCUCCCCGCCCAUCCACCUGCUGCUCCUCGACCUCCACAUGCCGCCCGGCAUUGACGGGUCCGUGCCUUGCCCGACCCUCUCCACCUCUCCGUUACUUCUCCUAGACCUCUCUUUAACCUCUCCGUUAAUUCUCCUAAACCUCUCUAUUUGA